AUGCACCUAAAGAACCUCAUUCCCUCCCUCAUUUUCCUCCUCCCGGCCGCACAGGCCUGGGACUCUCCCGACUACUCGGGCUUCACCCGCCUCUGGCUCGACAACUUCGCCGGCGCCUCGGGCACGGGCGUCAACGAGGGCAACUGGAACAUCAUCACCAACCUGCGCGUCAACAACGAGAUCCAGGACUACACGACCUCGCGCUCGAACCUGCAGAUCUCGGGCGGCGGCACCGUCCAGAUCGUCCCGCAAAGGGACGCCGCCAGCCGCUGGACCUCCGGCCGCAUCGAGUCCAAGUACACCUUCACCCCGGCCGCCGGCCGCCUCACCUUCGCCGAGGGCCAGAUCCGCUUCGGCGACAACGCCGUCGGCAACAAGAGGGGGAUCUGGCCGGCGUUCUGGAUCCUCGGCGACUCGAUCCGCCGCGGCGUCAGCUGGCCGCGCUGCGGCGAGCUCGACGUGCUCGAGACGGUCAACGGGCAGCUGACGGGAUACGGCACGGCGCACUGCGACGUGCUGCCCGGCGGUGCGUGUAACGAGCCCAACGGCAUCGGCGGCGCCAUCGGCAUCCCGGACCAGGGGUGGCACAACUGGCGCAUCCAGUGGGACCGCCGGCCGAACAACUGGCAGGCCGAGACCAUCACCUGGUUCCGCGACGGGCAGCUCUUCCACCAGAUCAGCGGCGCGAGGGUCGGCAGCGAGGGGAUCUGGAGCACGCUGGCCCGCGCCCCCUUGUUCUUCAUCCUGAACGUCGCCGUCGGCGGGAACUGGCCCGGAAACCCGGACGGCGCUACCAUCGGCGGCUGGGGGAGCAUGAUGGAAACCGCCUACGUCGCGGUCUACCAGUCUCAGUAG